AUGGAACGCUUUAUGGAGGACGCCCUGCAGCAGGCUCGCAUCGCAAACGACCUCAAGGAGGUUCCGGUGGGCUGUGUGUUUGUGCGUACGGACGGCCAAACCGAAACGAUCAUUGCGCGCGGCUGCAAUUUGGUGAACGAAACGAAAAACGCCACCCGGCACGUGGAGUUCAUCUGCAUCGAUCAGGCGCUGGAGUAUGCGCGGCAGCAGAACGUGACGCCGCCGGAAGCAAUCUUCAGCACGGUGACCGUCGUCGUGACGGUCGAACCGUGCAUCAUGUGUGCGGCGGCACUGAUCGAGCUGGGCGUGAAGGAAAUCAUCUACGGCUGUCGGAACGAUCGGUUUGGCGGCUGCACCGUGCUCGAUGUGCCCGGUUUGCUAAGCGCCACCGUCCCGAUACGGGGCGGCGUCCGUGACGCGGAAGCGAUGGAGCUGCUGAAGGAGUUUUACAAAGGCGAAAACCCGUCGGCACCGGUUCCAAAGCCAAGGGCUAAAAAGGCGUGACAACGAACGCUCCUGUAAGAAAACUGUAAGCAAAGCAUUAGGAUUAAGUUUUAGAAUUAUAUUUGCUUCAAGAGUGUGAAAUCACAAAGAAUUUGUAUUAAAUGAAAUAAUACUAAA